AUGCUCUACCUUUUUAACAAAGGUCCAAGGGCGGAGAAAUCACUAGAUCUAGAUGAAGAAGUAGAAAGAAGGGAAAAGAAGGUAAGCAAGACAUGUUCAACAGUACGAAACCAAGAAACCCGUAUUCCAGAUUACAGCAAGGGUUGGAUCAAAAUCGGAGUCGCUAUAGCAAUUGAUGUGGCUUCUGCUUUGGAUUAUCUUCACAACCAUUGCCACAUUCCAGUCAUACAUUGUGAUAUAAAGCCAAGCAACAUUCUUCUCGACAAUGACAUAACUGCCCAUGUCAGUGAUUUUAGUUUGGCAAGGCUCUUACAAUUUCACAACGAUGAAGUUUCUAAUAGCCAAACUAGCUUUGUUGGUAUAAAAGGAACCAUUGGAUAUGCAGCACCAAAAUAUGGUAUGGGAAGUGUGGUGUCCACUAGUGGUGAUGUAUAUAGCUACGGAAUCCUUUUGUUAGAAUUGUUCAUAGGAAAAAGACCUACUGGUGGCAUGUUUAAAGAUGGCCUAAACCUUUACAAAUUAGCUAAGAUAGCUCUGCUAGAAAGAGCGAUGGAGAUUGUUGAUCAGAAACUUGUAUCAACUAUAGAAGAGGAGGAAACAACUAGCAUAAAUUCUAGGACACAAAUGGGAAGGGAAAAAUCCCAUGAGUGCUUAACUUUGAUGCUCAAGAUUGGAGUUGUGUGCUCUCACGGGAACGAAUAA